UUUUGAGUUUUGGUUUAGCAUUUAAUUUCGUGUUGCUGUUUUUAAUAUUUUUUUGUUUGGUUUUUAUUACCGAUUUUAUUAAUUUUUUUACUAUUAAAUUAUGGCAUAUUUCAGUCAAUGUAUACUGUCACUCUGUGUAUUACUUUCUGUUACGCCGUAUGUUUUCAGUAUCAAGUGUUGGGAUUGUCGGUCAAAUAAUGAUCCAAAGUGUGCAGACCCGUUCGAUAACUUAACCGUACCAAUAACAGAUUGUAAACAAGAAAAAGGUUUGACGCACCUUCCUGGAAUAAGACCUACUAUGUGCCGAAAAAUUCGGCAAAAAGUAAAUGGUGUAUGGCGAUACUUCAGAGGUUGUGCUUAUUUGGGUGAAGUUGGUACCCAAGGAGAUGAGAGAUUCUGUCUCAUGAGAACUGGUACAUACAACAUUUUUAUUGAAUACUGUACUUGCAAUAGUAAAGAUGGAUGUAAUUCAUCUUCAUUCUUGAGUCCAAUGCCGUUCCUCUUAACGGUGCUUAUUCCUUAUAUAUUUAGAAUACUGUUGUAAUAUUCAUGCAAAAAUUGGAUUAUUUUAUUAAAUCUAAUCAAAUUAUUUGAUUCAUAAUUUUGAGAGAUUUAAAUACCACUGAUAAAAUACAUAUAGUACUUAGUUAAUUUCUUGAGAAUAACAAGUUUAAUUUGAAUUAUAAAUACUAAUUCUUAUGGUGUGUUCAUGAAACAGUUCAAAAAAAGCUGUACAUAUAAGACUACUCUUAAUUGACAAAUUUGCCAGAGCAAAUUAAAUAAUCACAGUCCACUUUAAUAUUUUAAUGAUUUUAAGUUCAUUAAUUAUAUUUGAACAAAUUUGCAUCAACAAUGUUGAUUGAUAUUUAUCUUGUCAUCCUAUCUCAGGCAAUUGCCACUGAAGACUUUUUAAAAUAAUAUUUUUAAACUCAUAUGAUUUGUAUACAUUAUAAUUAUAUGUAAUCGGGUCUUGUUCAUGCAUUAUUUUAAAACUAUUUAUUUACCUCGACAUUUCGGUUAUGUUGCAGCAGCCGUGGUCACCAUGUGACAUAAUGAAUAUGGAUUUACACAAUCCUUGCACGUACAAGACCCGAUUACAUAUAAUUAUAAUGACUUUUUAAAAUAUUUUUAUAUAAGAAUUAAGCUCAUUUUAACAAUGAAUCUCAUCUUUUUACUUCUGCCAUGUGGUGUGGAGAGAUAAUUUGUAGCUGUAUAAGUGAUUGUCAAUAGUAAGGAUGUUUUUUUUUUGCAAACACUUAUGUCAAUCAUAUAAUAUAUAAAACUGAACUAAUUUUCUACUUUAAAAUCUAUUACAAUCACUUUGAAUUUGACAUUUGAAAUAUAUUCACGAACUUCACAUUACAACUAUUUGACAUGUGAUAUUGUGAUCGCGACGUUUUUUGAAUGAUAUCGGAAUGAAUGAUAAUAUUGAUUUGAAGUUAUUGGAAUUGUCUAAUCAAAGUCAUAGUUACAAAUAUUUUUUAAAGCUAUUGUGAAAUGUCAAACAAAAAGAAUUGUCUAUGAUAUAUCAUUCAAAUCAUCAUUCAUUCCAAAAGCGAUUGUGAUAAAAAGUUACAUAAUUCCAUAAAUCAAUAUGACAACCGCUAUUUCUUUGAAAGGGAUCAUGACAUAUUUUCAGAGCCUAGGUUUUGCUAAUGUUAAGGUAAUGAUGGUGUCUCAAUUAGUUGCAGAUUGUUAUUAUUUAUCUGAUGCCAAAUAUUGUAACGUCUUCAGAAAUCAAUAAUGACAGAUAUAUUAAUUACUUUGUGCCUUAGCAACAAGAGUUUUCUUAAAACGGUUGUCGUUGGAGCACCAUUACAUUAGUAGAAUUAGGGUACAGUUCAUUAGUAAACUAAUAAUUUAAAAUUGCUGUAUGGGAUUUUUAAAAAAUAUAAUACUAUUUAAUUGAAUUGCACAAAAACACAUCACAUCUUUAAAAGUUAUUAAAUACCUUUGUUUUUAGAUAUAUAUUUUUAAUAAGAAUACUUAUGAUACUUGUAUUAAUAGCAGCUGCUAAAUCCAGUUAGGAGCUCCCACAGAUAACCUCUAAUUGAUGAUGAUGACUAUCUUGUUAAAUAAAUAAAGAUGCCUUAGCGGUGGGGUAGGUGGCGGGCGAGGUAACUGCGGCGACGCUAUUGGUUAGUACAAAGACACUUAGUCCUUAGUGAUGAGAACCAUAAUGUGAUAAAGGCAUGUCGAUACUUGAUCGAUAUCAUGUAAAUGUAACCAUUGGAUAUCAUUAAAAAUAUAUUGUAUUAUAUAUAUUUUAUUUGAUUCGCAAUUAAUAGCACUAUAAACUGUAAACUGUACACUAUAAACUGUAAAUAAUUGAUGAAUAAGGUAUCCAAAGGCAAAGUUUUAGUGAACGAACAAGUUGUAAUUAAAAAUAGAAGAACAACAUCAUAUUUUAGAAAUAUUAAUAUAAUAACAAUUGAACAAGUAUAUUAUAACAAGUAUUAAUAAUAACAAGUGAAUACAAGAUCACCCAAAACGUGAAUUUAUAACUCUGAUAGAAAAAAAUCAAAAUUCCCCAAAAAAUAUCAAUUUUUGCAAUUCUUGUAGCACUGUUUUACCUUUCACACUUUCUAAUUUAAAGCUCUGAUAAAAUACAAAACAUACAUAAAAUAAGUGUUGCGCCACCGCGCUCAUAUAAAAAUAUUAAAUUAAAUCUUCAAAAAGGGAUUAACUUAGACGAAAAAUGCAAAAUUGGGAGCUUUGGACUUUAAUAUAACGAACAAGUAUUAAAAUA